AGGAGGCGACUCUCGCACCUCAGAGAGCCACAGCGUCGUUCAGCCCAUUAAAGACGGCAGACAGUGUGAUUUGCACGCUGAGCUGUUUGCAUGUCACCAGUCACACCUCGGUGUGUGGAUUUGUUCACGCGCGUGCACCGCACAGCAGCAGCCGCCAGCCUCGCGCAUCUGUCCGUCCGAACAGACAGACAGAACUGGCGAUGAUGGCGGACUGCGUUGGCUUUCAAGCGCAAAUCGCCUCGAUUAUAGAGAUACUUGCCAAUUCGGCGGUGGCGGAGAUCUGCAAACUGGUGGACGAUGGCUACGCGGCGCUGCGCUCCCAGAUGGACCAGGAGCGGGAGAAGAGCGAGAAGGAGAACGAUGCCCUGCGGCAGAAACUGCGAGAAAUGGACGUGAAGAUGCGGAGCUACGAGAGGAAGAUGAGGAGACGGAUUCAGCGGGAGGAACUGCACACCGUUCAUUUUAGGCCGCCCGAAGGAUCUGACGACCAUCAGCCUCUGGUGUUGCCUCUCCAUGCUGCCUCUGAAGACAAACCCUUGCAUCGCAUUUCAAAGCUGCUUUUCACUGUAUCACAGCAGGAGGAAACCAAGGUGUUGCCACUGGUGAAGCAGGAGAAAGUGGAGAAAGAUGACUGCAACCUGGACCUAAAGGUGGAGGUCAACAUCAGGGCAGAGUGUGGCCUGUCUGCUGCCCUGGAGCCCAGUGAGGAACCCCCCUCCUGUGAUAUUGUUCUUGACACUGGUGUCUCCACCUCCUCCACCCCCCAGCCCUCCUCCUCCCCAACUGACGCCUCAAUGGACCUGACCUGCAGGCCUCGAGCGAAACGUAAAGCCACCAAGCCUCUGGUUAACAGUUUGACAGUCGGCAGUGGGGGGGUCCCAGCCCCUGAGGCUGCUCGCAGUGACCUUGGAAGGAGCCUUAGAGAUGGUGCUCUAAAACCAGAGAUCCAGACAGAUGAUACUACAGAAGAUGAACUUCAUUCCUCUCAGCUGUCAGCCCCUGUAGCCUCAGAUGAGUCCAGCCCUGAUCGCCUCAACAGCCUGGACCUGGCUUGGAUGCAGGAGAGGGUCAGCCAUCUUGGUGCAGCGUAUGCAGUAGCACAACUGGGUAUAGGGAACUCAGAAACUGGCCACCCCUCUGCCUCCUUCGCCUCGCAGGGAGGAGGAGACAGUCUAGAUGGCCCCCCAACCAUGCUCUUUACAAGUGGCGCUCAUGAAAUGGCUGCUUUUGCUGCCUCUUUCGACAUGGCCGCAGCCGCCGCUGCUGCUGUUGUUGCUGCACCACCUCUUCCACCUGCUCCUCCUACAGCUACAUCUGCCACCACUACCAGCCAGAGGCGGCCUUACAGGAGCGGUGCUGCUGCUGCUGCUGCUAAAGAACCUGUGGUGUGUGCUGUGUGCGGGCGUGUCUUUCCCAGUGCAGCCGCCCUGGAGCUGCACCAACGGGUACACACAGGGGAGAGACCCUACACCUGCCCCCACUGUGGAAAGGGCUUUGCCCAGCCCAACAACCUGCGGGUCCACCUCCUCAUCCACACCGGGGAGAGGCGUUAUCGAUGUACGCUGUGCGGGAAGAGUUUCAUCUCGUCCAGCCACCUGAAGAGGCACCGCACAGUCCACACGCAGGAGAAGCCCUACAGCUGCUCACGCUGUGGACAGUCCUUCAGCCAAAUGUGUAGCGUUCGCAGACACCGUCAGCAGUCCCAGUGUGGCCUGUAGGCUGACUGCUGGAUGAGGUGGAACCUGGCAUCUGGAGGUAAUCCUUGUGUAGUUUGGACUCUGAAGGGUGAAUGAUUGAAAUCUCUUCAUAUGGGAAUUCUAGCAUCUAAUGUAAGCACGAACAAAUUAGAAGCAAGGCUGUAUCCUGGCACACAGUUGCUAUUUGUUCUAGAUCAAAGCAGUAAUAUGGGAUUUUUGUUUUUAGGUUGAUUUCCACUAAAGUCCCCUCAACCUUUUCUUACUCCUUGCUUCAAACUGAGAGAGGAUCCCAGAGUGGACUGUAAAAGACUGCCGGAGACGGUGUUGAUGACACUUAAUCCAUCUAUUUGUUAUCAAAUGAUCUUGUUUGUGACCGACUAUCUGGUUUCUAUAGCUAACACACAUGAUCCAGUGGGAGAGGGUCAUGGCACAGCCAUAAUCAGUGUACCUGGACUGUCCAUUGACCAUCCUGUGAAAUAGAAUGAACAGAACCAUAUUUUGUGCACCCAACAGCUCUCUAGUAUUAGUAUUAAAUAAUAACUUCUGUGACUUCUAAAACCAGAUUCACAUUUUCAGACACUGUUUGUUUUAGGACUGCUGGCACUACAAGAUUUAAUUUCUCACUCAGCAAAGUGUCGAUAUGAAAAGAUAGCAUGUUGCCUCAGUAGAGUUCCCUGGAAGCAGGGGGAACCUGCUAGCUUAGUUAGCCUAGCUAAGUAAAAAGGGAAACCGCUACACAUUCCAACAACUCCAAAACUGUCUUACUAAAAUGUUUUAUGUAGUCAACAUACUUUAUGUAGUAAUGAAAAAGUAGAAGCAGGUUUCUGAGAUGAACAGUGACCUGUUAGGAAAGUCGUGCAACUCGGCAGCCAUCUUGGCAACGCCUCCGGGCAGCUAUUUCGGACUAACAAGACCAGGCUCCUAUCUGAAUGAAUGGGGAGAUAGCCAGAACUGCAGUUUUACUGGUCACUGGGACAUAAAAACUACAUAAACAGAAUCAGCAUUAAAAUCUGAAAUAUGUUUCCCGCUUUGUGCUGUUAAAAGCAGACUACUGGCUUUCUAGCGGGAGGGGUGGGAUAACCGCUAUCUUUGCCGUUACGGGCUUUCCCCAUAGAGUUGUAUUGAGGAUGUGAUUGAGUGGCAUGUCUCCUCUAAAUUGUCUCUGACAGUGAAACACUGCAUUUUAAAGUGCAAUCUUCAUAAUACGGUUGACAUUCUUAAUCACCGUCUUUACUGCCAAUGAACCCAACCUUGAAAUGUCAGUGUUUCCCAGACAUGGAUUUAUUUGUGGCGGCCUGCCACAAUAUCAAUACUGACCGCCCCAUAUUGGAUUUUUUUUUUUACUAUGUAAAAUGGGUAAACUCAUACUUCACACUAGAGCUGCGCGCAGUGCAGAUAUUCGCUCAGCAACCCCUCUCUCUCUCUCUAACACCGUAGCCACUUUCAUAGAGAUCCCAUAAAUGCAGAAAAAAAACCCUGCCAUUAUGCCACAUUUGUUCAUUCAUAUGUUUGCGGUAUAAUCCUGCAGCCAUGUGUGCUUUCCCAUGGUGAUCCGGCUUUUUGAAGCCAGCAUUCAACACUGUAAUCCAACCAGGCAGUCUGAAAGCAAACAUAUAGAGCUGAGGGUGGGCUGAAUAUAGCCUGACUGCUGAACCACCUAGUGGCUAGCCACCUGAGAGGGCACACACCUGUCACUCAAAGCGGCCUGCCCUUAAUUAAGCAUAACUUUAAGCCUUGAUAUAAUUUAGAGGGUUGAGAUAUAUACAGUGCAUCUGGAAAGUAUUCACAGUGCUUGACUUUUUCCACAUUUUGUUAUGUUACAGCCUUAUUCCAAAAUGGACGAAUUUCCUUCAAAAUUCUACAAACAAUACCCCAUAAUGAUAACAUGAAAGAAGUUUGUUCGAAAUCUCUGCAAAUUAAAAAUAAAACGAAAAAAGCGGAUGUACAUAAGUAUUCACAGACUUUGUUGAAGUACCUUUGACACCAAUUAUAGCCUCAAGUCUUUUUGAGAAUAAUGCUACAAGCUAGUCACACCUAUUUUUGGGCAGUUUCUCCCGUUCUUCUUUGCAGGACGUCUCAAGCUCUAUCAGGUUGGAUGGGGAGUGUCUGUGCACAGCGAUUUUCACAUCUCUCCAGAGAUGUUUAAUUGCGUUGAAGUCUGGGCUCUGGCUGGGCCCCUCAAGGACAAUCACAGACUUGUCCUGUAGCCACUCUUUUGUUAUCUUGGAUUUGUGCUUAGGGUCAUUGUCCUGUUGGAAGAUGAACCUUCGCCCCAGUCUGCUCUGGAGGUCCAGAGCACUCUGGAGCAGGUUUUCAUCAAGGAUGUCUCUGUACAUUGCUGCAUUCAUCUUUCCCUCAUCUUGAUCUGACAAGUUAUGUAUCGUAUUGACCAGGUGAUGAGCAGCGCCUGGUUUCCUCCAGACAUGACGCUUACCAUUCAGGCCAAAGAGUCAAUUAAUCUUCAAUCUUUGUUUCAUCAGACCAGAGAAUUUUGUUUCUCAUUAUCUGAGAGCAAACUCCAGACGGACUGUCAUGUGCCUUUUACUGAGUGAGGAGUGACUUCCGUCUGGCCACUUUACCAUACAGGCCUGAUUGGUGGAGUGCUGCAGAGAUGGUUCUCCUCUCUACACAGAGCUCUGUCAGAGUGUUCUUGGUCACCUCCCUGACUAAGGCUAUGCUACCCCGAUCUCUGUUUGGCCAGGCGCCCAGCUCUAGGAAGGGUCCUGGUUAGGGAUCAAAACCCGAAAAUGUGUGAUCUUAUCGAUACUGCUAUCGAGACUAGCGGGUCCUACAACGUAACGUUAUGUCUCGAGAGUCAAAUCUGAUUUAACUUGGCAUGACGGUAUAUCGGUAUAAUGAGGUAUACAUAUAUAAUUUCAAAAGAGCGUUUAUACCGUAUAGUUUAAUGUUGAGUUAAUUAUGUUUCCGUAACAUCUUGCCAGCGUUUGCUCAUCUUUCUCCCUCACCGCGCAGCCCCGUCCCUCCCUCCGUCUACUCAAACUCUUUAACACCAUGGAGGGAGACAGUGCCGGAAGACCUGGCUUGUGAAAAGAAAAACGGUUCAGUCCAUACACAUACACUUUACUUCAGCGGGUCCCGCAGGUAUAUUAAUGACCACCCAGGUGUAUUUGGCGACACAUUGUAGCAUUUUUCAGAGAAACAGAGUUAUUACGUAAAUAAGUCGUGGCCGACACAAUGUACCAUAAAAUUUUAAUUAAUUGCUGAGUCGCCUAGCCCGUUUCCUGGCCUGGUGUGGGAACACAUUUUGACAAAUAAACGCAGGUCCCCAUUAAACGCCUGGUCUGGCUUUUAUAGAAGUUCUUUGGAUGUAUAAAACCUCUUAAACCCCGUGGGGUCACCCGCUUUAGCUGCUUAAAUCGUUAAUACAAAUAUUAAUGUUUAAAGGUAUUAUCAAUAGCCUAUUUCAGUAUGAACAUCGUUACAUCGGUUAGAUUCUGCACAAUUCAACAGUUAAUUUAAUGGAAACAAGUCCCAAAGUCUAAUUCUUAUAGAUUUACCUGUGUAACCAGCAUGGUACAAGAGAUUUACAAAAAGAACUCCCGUUACCUAUGAAGCACUCGUUAAGUCCAAAUGUGUCCGUUCCUUGAUUAUCAUCUUCCUUUAGUCUGGAAGGGUCCACCCAUCAAAAGAAUCAAAACAGCUUUUCAGAAAAAUUUAUCUAAGUUGUGAAUCUUGUCAUGUGAAGUCCAUCGCUCUCUGUCUACUAACUUGUCUCAUCCUGCUCCAUGUUGUUGUUUGUUAUGUUGCUGCCUUCAAAAUAAAAGUGCAUAAGCAGUCUGUAGGAGCUAGAUCAAAUGAAUGACUUGUAUUUGAUCAUUUUUAUACAAGUAAUAUUCUGUUUAAAAUAAACUGUUUCUUAGUAGCCUAUUUCAGUUUUGUGCAGGAAUUAAAGGCCCCUCCCAUAUGGACUCCUGUCCAAAAUAUAGGCAGGGUCAAUUCAGUGAUUUUAGCAAAUAAUAGCCUAGGCUAUUAAUCAAAGUUUUACGGUAUGUUUUACAAGCGCGGACCAGGUAGAGCGACAGUGAACACACCAGUCAGAUGUCAUUUGUUAGCUACCACGUAAGUUUUGUUUUGAAAGGCUACAUCGUCAACAUGCCUCCUCAACAUGCAGCGCAGCUGCUGCUGUGAACGGAAUCGUGGGUGGAAAAGUCCAGAAGAGAAGUUCUGGUUUUUUUUGUUUUUUUCCCCCUGGCGACUUGAUAUAACGUAGCUUACUACUGAUGGAAAAAGUCACCAGAGCAAACAUACAGGGAGAGAGAGCCGGAAAGAAGCGGGGCACGCUGACGUAUUUGCAGCAGAGGUAUGUUAGGUCUGUGAGUGUUAAGAGAACUGAAGGAGACGGAUUCAAUCAAGGGAGUGAAACAAGCUACUACAAAUAGUAGAAACAUGCCGGCUGACUGAGUUUUUCAUUCGAUCUAAACAUCACUCAGUAUUGUGGUGUCAGAUAUUGAGUUUAUAGUGACUUUGCUGUUGUAAACAGUGUUGCUGCUCUAGAAACAACAUUUAGUUGUAUUUAAAAUAUUCAGUUUUAAUCCUAUAAUUAAUAGAAAAACAACCAGGCAACUAAUAUGCACACUUCAGUAUUAGUUUAUUUAUUGCAAGUCAUAUGUCAUCUCAAUCUAAAACAAUGUUAUCGCACAUUGAAUAUUUUCCUCAUGCCUUGCAGGCCUAGCUCAUGCCCGUUGGGACUCGGAUCGUUAAGCGGUCUCAAUAAUGGUCAGUAUCAGUAUCAAUAAAAAUUAACAAUCCCCAUCCCUAGUCCUUGUUGUUCCAACCUUUACAGAUGAUGGAGGCCACUGUGCUCAGUGGGACCUUAAAUGCUGCAGAAAUUUUUCUGUACCCUUCCCCAGAUCUGUGCCUCGAUACAAUCCUGUCUCAGAGGUCUACAGACAAUUCCUUGGACUUGGCUUGCUUUGUGCUCUGACAACUUAACUGUGGGAUCUUUAUAUAGACAGGUGUGUGCCUUUCCAAAUCAUGUCCAAUCAACUGAAUUUACCACAGGUGAACACAAAUCAAGUUGUAGGAACAUCUCAAGGAUGAUCAGUGGAAACAGGAUGCACCUGAGCUCAAUUUUGAGUGUCACGGCAAAGGCUGUGAAUACUUAUGUACUUGUGUUCUUUUUGUUUUUUAUUUUUAAUACAUUUGCAAAGAUUACAAACAAACUUCUUUCACAUUGUCAUUUUAGAGUAUUGUUUGUAGAAUUUUAGGAAAAUAAUGAAUCUCAUCCAUUUUGAAAUAAGGCUAUGUGACUACUUUCUGGAUGCAUUGUAAAAGUUCACCCACCACACAGCUGAGUCAUAAAGGGGGAAACUGGCUGUUGAGAUGUAUUGUACCAGGCUGUAACAUGUUUAUUUCUGCUGUAAAGUUGGACCUAACAUGGAGGUCUAUGGGGAUUGACUCGCUUUUGAAGCCAGCCUCAAGUGGCACUUCCGCGUUGGCUUAAUUUUUUAGCCCAGAUGUUGCUACUCGGAUACAACAUAAAGAUAGAACAGGUUUUGACUUCUUGCACUUGUCUUUUUAUGAUGGAGCUAGCUAACAAGCUAACUGCUUCCGCCUGACUGUAGUCUUUGUGUUAAACUAGACUAACCACGCCUGGACCUGGUCUCUGAACUGUAUGGUCAGAAAUGGUGUGUCCAACACUUCAUUUAAAGCACUUUAAAUUUUCCCAUAACUCUAUAUCAAAGUCGUGGGCAAAAUUUGGAUGCAGUGCUGAUACACAAUUUGUUUUUCCUGAUGUAUUUAUCACACAUCAUCCACUGUUAAUUUUAUAAUAAAUGCUUGUUUAUUUGACAGGGACAAAUGCAUGAGACAUUGCUUCAUAAAAUACACAGAGUAGAUGCCAUGCAUACAGGUUUCUAGUCAUGACUAAUUUUCAACCCUUGUCCUUGGUUAGGCUUAUGUUACUUAUAUUGCUACAGUAUCAUUAAUGAUUCUCAAGGCACCCUAGUGUUGGAUAGUAAAUGUUGGCACUUUACAUCUUGUAGUGCAGGCCUGCACCUUCUUGUUCAUGAUUACAUCUGUCACACUGAUUGUCAGAACAUUUAUUCACUCGUCAUUUCUCAAGAAUAUUGGGGAAGAUGUAAUAUGCUGUUGUCCAGAAGAUUACCUCUAGGUUUAUUUCCAGAAUUGGGCUGUGAAACCUGAAUAUAUUAUUUUUUUAAGGUAAAAGCUUAAUUGUUGCAGGCCUGCAAUGUUUUAACCUCCCUUCCUCAACUUUUUACAGGUUGAAACCUGAGGUGUAACUAAAAUUUUUUUAAAUGUCAAUCAUACAAUUCAAGGACUGCAAAAAGGACUGUAAAAAGAUGUUAAGUAAAAACAUAUAUCAGAGCGUCGUGUUUGUAUGUGUAGGUGUUUGGAUGUAAUUGGCACUAGCUGUAGGUUGCACAGCUAAAACAAAUAUUUUGCCUUUUAGUAUUAUUUCAUGAAAUGUUCCAGUGUUUUAAAAUCUAUGGGUAUCAUUAAACAUGUAAAUGGUUUGCAA